CAUAGUCAGCCUCAUACCGGUUACACCGUUACAGGAGGUGCUUGUUUAUUAGUAAUGCUGCAGUUGUAGCCAGGUUGUUUACGCGAAAGCAUGAUCUGUCAUGAUAUCUUGAGUUUGAACAAGAACAACUGCUGUCAAUCCUGUCAUAUUUGUCAACAAGUGCAAGAAUAAGAAGAGCAUCAUUUUAUUCUAUUUUGGGCACCUGAAAUAUAGUCCGAUAUGGCUCAUCCAUUGUUCAGACUUGCUCAUCUUAUUGGGCAAGCUGGAAACAAACAGAUGAAAGCUGCUGCAUCUGGAUCAACAAUUUCAUCAUCCCUACAGCUACAGAUUAGACAUACACACGUUGUUGAACACUUCACUCCAAAGACUUACCAAACAAGAUUUCCUGAAAAGAUGCCAGAUGCUACUCAGUCGCACAAAUUAUCUGAUCCUCGCUACAUUUACAAAACAGUGCGGCAAGAGAACAAGAUGAAGCCUGAGCCUUUGAAAGUUCUUCUACUGCAAACUGUUGAAGGCAUUGGUCAAGCUGGAGACGUAGUUAGCUUAUCACCAUUCAAGGCUCGCAAGAACCUCCUGCUCCCUAAGCUUGGUGUUUAUGCUUCACCGGAGAACCUGGAGAAAUAUGCGCAUCUCAAGGAAACUGGCCGAGAAGAUCAACCAUCAUCUAUAUAUGCUAAACAGACUGUAGAAUUCCUGGGAGGUGCAUAUGUCACUGUUGUCAUGAGCAUACACGUGCCCUGGGUCUUGACUGCAGAACAUGUGCGCAUUUCCAUGAGACGGAUGGGUAUUAUUGCGCCCGCCCAUGCCAUACAAUUGCCUCCUAAGCCUCUGGAGGGUCCAAACCUUGACUAUCAACAGAAAUUUUUCUACGUCACUGUAACGGUGAAUAACAAAGAAAGGGUAAACGUCAGGUGCAGCAUCCACCAUGUGACUGCGGAUUACUCCCGUAAACUGCCCUUCACUUCAUUGAACCACAUUAAUGAACCUCCCAUAGCAGUGUUUCCUGAAGACCAGGAGUAUCUGACAGCGUUGUACAACCAGCGACCUCCCCUAACAGCAUAUUCUGAGCCGCAGCUCACCCCGGAGAUGGUGGCACAAGGGCUGACCAGCACAAGCCAUCUUGACAAAGCAGAAUUAUUGUCAUUUGCCACCCCAUCUACGGCUGCAAUGCCUGUGGUCUGAAGCAGAAAACCUUCAAGAAAUUAGGGAAUUGAUCAAAUAGAAGGUCUUGCAAUCAAUCGAAAUUGCUGAUAUUCUCUGAAAUAAUUAGAAAAUUUCUUACCAAUUUUUCAUUAGGCUUCAAAUUUACAAUGUGGAUUUGUUUUACCGCUAACCUUAUGCAAUGUAUAAAUAGAUACUUCCAUCAAAAAU